AUGGACUCACCUUCACAGCCUCCGGCAAAUCUGUUCCGCAGGAAGAAGGAAAAUAAGCGGGGGAUCACAUAUACCAUGCUGCUAUGUGGUCCAUCGGGCACUGGCAAGACCACCUUUGCCAAUAACCUGUUAGAAUCCAAUUUGUUCCCGCAUAGGUAUGGCCACCUCGACAACUAUGAGAUUUCGCCAAGAAUAAGAGUGUCAUCGCCAACAAAAGUUGUUUCGUUCAACUCAAAGAAUGGGAUACCUUCUUAUAUGUCUGGUUUUGAUGCUGCGCGCGCUGAGUUGGAGCCAGGCAUUACCAUUACUUCGACAUCUGUGGAAAUAGGGCGUGAUCCAACAGAUGUCUCUGACGAAGAGGAGGAGAAUAUUCUCUUUAAUCUUAUCAAUACACACGGAAUUGGUGAAAAUUUAGACGAUUCGUUAUGUUUCGAUGAAAUUACGUUGUAUCUGGAGCAGCAAUUCGAUAUUGUUCUAGCUGAAGAAACCCGUAUAAGAAGAAACCCAAGAUUCGAAGACACCAGAGUUCACGUUGCAUUGUACUUUGUCGAACCAACAGGACACGGGUUGAGAGAGUUGGAUGUUCAAUUGAUGAAAAAAAUCUCUCGUUAUACCAAUGUUUUACCAAUUAUCUCCAGAGCGGAUUCAUUUACUAAGGAAGAACUGAGCAUUUUUAGGAAAACCAUAAAUGAAGAUAUCCAAAGAUUUCAUAUACCUGUAUUCAAAUUCGAAGCGGACCCUGAUGAAGAUGAUUUAGAGACUAUCGAAGAAAACCAGUCAUUAUCGAAUAUACAACCUUUCGCAGUUGUUUGUUCGGAUUUGAAGGAUAAAAAUGGUAACUACAUAAGAAAAUAUACCUGGGGUGAUAUUUUGAUCAAUGAUCCAAACAUUUCAGAUUUGAAUAUUCUCAAAAACGUUUUAUUUGGUUCUCAUUUACAAGAGUUCAAGGAUACAACGCAGAAUUUGUUGUAUGAGAAUUACCGUGCUGAAAAAUUAUCAUCCGUGUCUGAUUCGAGAAACGCUUCGCAAGAUUUACAUGGAUCGAAUGAGAGUGAAGAAAGUGACAAGAGACAUUCUGCUGCCCCAAGUUUGAGUAAUUUUGCCUCACUAGUUAAUACUGGACAUUUCAAAUCUUCACAAUCAUUAGCUUUAUCAUCUGAUCUACCAGCCACACCAGAAUUAAAUUCCAACAAAACUGAGACCGAAGAUUCUCCUAUAAGGCAGAUUUCACGAUCAAUCAAGAAUGAGAAUGAAGAGAUCAUUAGGUCAAUCAAACAAGAAUCACCAAGGAUUCAAUCUAAUAGUAAUCCUGAUAGAACCAAAUUAAGAAGUAUAUCAGAAACUGUUCCUUACGUAUUGAGACACGAACGUAUUAUUGCAAGGCAACAAAAACUGGAGAAACUAGAGGCACAAUCUGCAAAAGAAUUGCAAAUACGUAUUGCAGAACUUGAAAAGAAAGCACAUGACUUGAAAUUGAAGGAAAAGCUUCUACGCCAAAGGCAUCUUGAUCAAUCAUCUUCAUCUUUGGCUUCCAACACAACCGUAUCACGUCCGCAAAGUCAAAUAAAGAAAGAAGAUACGUACACUGAUUUGGCAUCGAUUGCAUCAAACAAGAAUAAAGUAUGA